AUGUCAAACAGAGAAGAAGAAUGCUUAAAUCAAACCACCAAAAUCGAACUGAUAGCGGAAUCAGACACGGAUAAAAUCGAAUCAAACGAGGAAUCACAUGAGAAUGAGGCCACGAUGGUGGAUAAUCCAGCAACGCCGAGUGUUGAUUUGAAUCAGAAUUCAAAUCAAAUGAAUUUAAAUCAAAAUUCACAACCAACUUAUCCAUUACCUUUCAAUGAAUUGGUAGAAUUGAUCAAUUCUGGUAUAGAAUUGAAUGAAUCUAAUUUACCCGGUUAUAAAACAAUAGCAGAUAGAUUGAAUCCUGAGAAACCUAGUCAACCAGGUUUGGCCAAUCAAUCUAAUUCCGCUUUGAAGCCUUGGCAAAUUCAUCCACCUUGA